CGGCCGCCUUCCUCCAGCGCGCGGCGCUGCGCACGCUCUCCAACCGGGGGCCGCGGCGGCUCGUGCGCCGACCGCGCGCUCAGCCGGGCGCCUGGACCAAGUAGCUUCCUUGAAUCUGCAGAUUUCAUGACGUCUCCCUGCGUGGUCCGCCACUUGACUCCCACCCGGGGAUUUUUUUUUUUUUUUCUUUUCCGCCACUCUCGCCUCUCCCGCUGCCCUGCGCCCUGUCGCCCUCCCUGGGCCCCCGCGCGCCGCACCUGGCCGAGAGGUUGGGCGGGUGGAGGGGUGGGGAUCCGUGCGGACGGGAAGCCGGGGCGAGCGCUGGAUGAGCCGCGCGCAGGAGGGAGUCUGCCCCCCGCCUCCCGGGGCCGCUGUGAAAUGUGACCGUCGGCCUCCGGUUUUGCUGCCUCGCCAUCCGCCGAGCGGUGAAUUACUCAGUCCAGGUCCCAGCCGCGAGAGGAGACCGUGAUGGAGUGAAGCCACCCCGCCCGCAGCCAGGAAAAGCACAAAGAGAAACAUACAGCAAUGGCCAAGUUGACAGAAUCCAUGACUAAUGUCCUGGAGGGCGACUCCAUGGACCAGGAUGUCGAGAGCCCUGUGCCCAUCCACCAGCCAAAGUUGCCUAAGCAGGCCAGGGAGGACCUGCCGAGACACAUCAGCCGGGACCGCACCAAAAGGAAAAUCCAGAGGUACGUGAGGAAAGAUGGGAAAUGUAACGUGCACCAUGGCAAUGUGAGGGAGACCUACCGCUACCUGACCGACAUCUUCACCACCCUCGUGGACCUCAAGUGGAGGUUCAACCUGCUCAUCUUUGUCAUGGUUUACACGGUGACGUGGCUCUUUUUCGGAAUGAUCUGGUGGCUAAUCGCCUACAUCCGAGGGGACAUGGACCACAUAGAGGACCCCUCCUGGACUCCCUGUGUCACCAACCUCAACGGGUUCGUCUCGGCUUUUUUAUUCUCAAUAGAGACGGAAACCACCAUCGGUUAUGGCUACCGGGUCAUCACGGAUAAGUGCCCGGAGGGAAUCGUGCUCCUCUUAAUCCAGUCUGUGUUGGGCUCCAUCGUCAAUGCAUUCAUGGUGGGAUGUAUGUUUGUAAAAAUAUCUCAGCCCAAGAAGAGGGCGGAGACCCUGGUCUUUUCCACGCAUGCCGUGAUCUCCAUGCGGGACGGGAAACUCUGCCUGAUGUUCCGGGUGGGGGACCUUAGGAAUUCCCACAUUGUGGAGGCAUCCAUCAGGGCCAAGUUGAUCAAAUCCAAACAGACUUCAGAGGGAGAGUUCAUCCCUCUAAACCAGACGGACAUCAACGUGGGGUACUACACGGGGGACGACCGCCUGUUCCUGGUGUCGCCGCUGAUCAUCAGUCACGAAAUCAACCAACAGAGUCCUUUCUGGGAGAUCUCCAAAGCUCAGCUUCCCAAAGAGGAGCUGGAAAUCGUGGUCAUCCUAGAAGGAAUGGUGGAAGCCACAGGGAUGACCUGCCAGGCCCGGAGCUCCUACAUCACCAGUGAGAUCCUGUGGGGCUACCGCUUCACGCCUGUCCUGACGCUGGAGGACGGGUUCUACGAAGUCGACUACAACAGCUUCCACGAGACCUACGAGACGAGCACCCCCUCCCUGAGUGCCAAAGAGCUGGCCGAGCUGGCCAGCAGGGCAGAGCUGCCCCUGAGCUGGUCUGUGUCCAGCAAACUCAACCAGCACGCGGAACUGGAGACUGAGGGGGAGGAAAAGGAGCUGGAGGAGCAGACGGAGAGGAACGGUGAUGUGGCAAACCUAGAGAAUGAAUCCAAAGUGUAGUGGCCUUGCGGGCGCGCGCCCCGGCGCAGCCUCUCCCGGUCUCGCAUUCGCUCCCUCUUCUGUCUCUCUCGCUUUGUUCUUUACUUAUUUCUAUUUGAUUUUGACAUCACCACACAACAAAUCUUCAAGGUGUAAAAUAUCUACCUGCCCCCUCUCAGUUAUUUAGAUCGACGAGGUAGACACGGAUUUGGUUGAGGUGCGACGCUCUGUGGCCCAGGCCUGGGCUCUUCCCCAAAACACCGCAUCCCACCCCCACAGAUUUAAGCUAUGGACCUGCGUGGGUUGGACAAUAACAGACCACUCACGAGAGCGCGUCAACGAUGCUGGCGGGGAGGCGGCAAGUUAGGUCUCCAGGGCCGACCUAUUCAUGGCGUGGAGCCCUCCACGCCCUAAACCCGAACACGCUACUUCUACCACGGGCCAGGUGCUUGUCCCAGGCGGGCGCUGCAGUUACGGGACCCAGGAGAGCAGACACGAGCCACUGUAUAUACACAUGCCUCAUGCUGUCCUUUUCUUUUUUUGCACCUAGUAGCCAGCAUGUACAAAAGGACUGUAGAACAGAACUUCUAAAUAAUGUACAUAGAUGUAUCAUUAAUGUAGGCUUAGAUCUAUAACUGUAGAAAUAAGCAAAAACUAACAAACACCAAAAAAAAAUCCCCAAUGUAGAGUAGGCAUUUCUGUUCUGAUGUCUGUGCCUCCCAGAUUACUUCCAUCCAUCGACUGCUGGUCCUUUAUUGCAUGGCCGAGUUCCAGGUCCCAGACUGGAGGCCCCUCGGGCACCGCACUGUGCCCUCGCCAAUCCUCUCAUCCAAUCUAACAAGCCAUAGGGCUGGGGGCAUUGGGAGAGCCAAUAGGUGGCAAGACCCGCCACCAAGAUGCUGACGGCCAAUGAAAUGCUUGCCAAGUCUAACAGGGGCCUCGCUGUGUCCUGGGGGGAACACACUCUCUUGCAUGGCACUGGUGAUGCGUUGACGCUCCUCACGCGCACUCUCGCCCUUUGUGGUUUCAUAGUUGAGGAGACUUUUCUGCGCAGCCACUGGGUCUCCAGCUGUUCCACCCGUGACCAUGAGAAACCGCAGACUGUUAAGAUGAGACGUGGUGAGUGAGCAGACGAUGGAUGGGGUCUAAAGGCACGUGGUGGGUGCCGCAGAUGGUCACCAGGGACCGCUCACUCUCGCUGGAGCUCUGAUGAGGACGUCCUGCCUGUCCCUGGGGGCUCAUCCAUCAAGCAUUUCUCGCAUUGUGACUUCUCUAUGCUUCACUCACGAAACCAUCCGAUCCAGGUUCAGUAUUCAAAGAUGCGGUCAACGAUGAGGGUGACUAUCUAAGAAAUCUCUGCGGGGGUAUGCCACCCAUGAGAAAUCAAAUCCAAAGUGUCUGUCAUGCUAACGAGGACAAACAAAACACUGCAGCCUUAAUUCAUUUUAAUCUGCAAAGACAGGUGUAGAAAAAGAGGGGAGGGGAGGAAGAUGAAGGGAGGAUGGGAGGGAGAAAGGGAGGGGUAUUUUGAACUGAAAAAUCUAAAUUCCAAAAUGGAAAAAAAAAAUAGGAAAGGAAGAGAAUCUUGGACACAACGGAGGGGCAGGUGGAGAUUUUGCACUGUAACAGAUCUUACAUGUUCAUUUCGCAUUUAGAAACCGCUUGUUCUUGAACACAGUCGCCCAUCAUCAAUAUUCAUUGAAUGGAUCCAGUUUAUUUUCAGCGCCCACAGCUGUGCUCGGUUUGAGGCUCUGCACCACGGAGGUCAAAGAGAUGCAGCACGCUGCCUCCCUGUUCCUCCAGCCACCCCCGUCCAGACUGCACAGGCUUCGCCACAGUCCGGGGACCUCAUCUACCAGAGAGCGAUUGCCUGGGAGACGAGGCGAGUGGCUCCUCCGUGUGACAUCGGGGUCUUGCAUCAGGACAGCUGCUUCUUGCCCUGGCUUGAUGGAAAACAAACCAGGGGCCGACAUGUCAUGUUUUUCGCAUUCAGUAUGCGUUGAUCCGCUUCUCCAUCGCGCACCCUCUAGGGAGGGGGUGGUGGUCGAGGAGGACGCCACCUGGUGCGCUUCCUGCGAGGCUGUGGGGGAGGUCCCGUGCCUGACCUCACUGUGGCCUUACGAAGGGCACACUCUUGGCUUCGGGCGCUCACUCUGCAGCCUCGCCAGGGUUGCAGGGCAGGGCCUGGGUAGCACAAAGCAAGACGAAAUCGGGGCUGUGAGACCUCUGCUAAUUUAGCUCUUGAAGACUCCCCGGGGCCUUUCAAUCCAUGACUAAGGUGUCAGGGACAACCCCCACCUUGCUGUCUGAUUGGAAGAGCAGCUCGGGCCUGUUCACUUCUUGCCUGUCCCCUUAGCACAAUGGAACGGAGCGGAACAGAGGGCCUGACAACACCUUGGCCAGGAGCACGAGUGGUUCCGUGUCUGUGAGAGGGCUCCCUGUUUUCACUGUCUUUGGUGUCCGUGUACUUGGAGAAAGAACUUGAACCAAAUCUUGUUUUUUGUAACGUGAGCCUCUGAAUCUUUAAAGUUCCAUGCUCCUGCUGAACUUUUCUGAGACCGCCCCUAACACGUCUAUUUUUCUACAGUUGUUGAGAAUACCGUUUAACAGUGUAUUUUGUGUCAAUUGUUACAAUUUGCAAUUGAAAGAAGUUCAUUAAGACGGAAUUUUCUAAGCAGCAAGUAGUGAAUGGUGUUUUUCAUUAAGUCAGUUCAACAAAAUCGACGCCACAGUUUCUCCCCAUUCUGGGUCACAGAACCCAGCCCUCAUCCACGAUGGAAAUCAGCCUAUUUUCAUGUGACAGUAUCAUAGCUGAUGGAGACGACUCUCAGCUCGAUAUUGUGGUCUGCUGGGUUGAUGCGUUUGAGUCACUGGGCCGUGAAGUGUGGUGGGGGCCAUGAGCCAGAUCAGAGCCCGGAUGAAGGCUGACAGGGCAGCGCACUCCUGAGGGCAGUGCAGCUCCUUUGGGGUUCCCACUUGCGUUCCCCCAGCAGCUCUCCAGCUGCGCAUUUAUAAAUCCACCUUAUGUAACUAAUAAAAUAGUUCAUGUUUUAUGUUAUCGCUUGGGCGAACUAUUUUGCGUGAACACACUUGCAGUCACUGUAAUGUCAGCUCAGCGUUUUUCCACUCCUUCUCAACCCGGAUUCCAACCCAGCUGAUCCAACACUCAGCCACUCCGCGUCCACGCAGCGGGACGCGCUCUCGCCCAGCCCCCUCCUCCCCUGAGCCUCACUUGCUCCUCCCCUGGUUCCCUGCUCUCAAGUCUAUGGAUUUAGUUUAGUGUCUUCGGUUCCCUAAUAGGUUCCCUAAUGGAGAUCCAGCUUCUGUCUCUAAAAAGAUCAACCUAUUUUUUAAGCACAAUUUUCACUCACAGGUUCAACCCAACUCCAGCUCUGACCUAUCUAUUUUUCAUUACACUUUAAUUUUUUUAAUGUAUGACUUCAUUUGAAAGCCUAAAUUUUGAAGUCUCCCAAAUACCACCCUUAUGCCUUCCCUUCCUAUGAUUUCUUACAGCUCAGAUUUCUUACUUUUUCCCCUUUUUUUUAACCUAGAUUUGAGCCAGUAUCCUUGGGAUAUUCAAAAAUUGUUUACAAACGUGGGAGCUGGUAGACAGAGAAAAAGGGCAUAACACCGUGAUCACACCAGAAGAAUGAGAAAUCAUUUGACUUUGCUGGGCAAAUAACAUUUACAGUAAGUUAUUUCCAAAACAGCUUGCCAAUAGCUUGACUGCUUUUUAAUCUUUCUUUCAUUGACUCAGAUACUUUAAAAAGUCAGGAAGAGAGGUGAAAACUAAGGGUUCCACAUACGAGAGUACUUCAAACAGUUUGUGUAAAAUGGAGCCAAAAGAUAAGUUUCUUUGGGUGGAAAACCAUUUUUAAAUCCAUGCAGAUGAGGGGUCUUCCGAGAGUUAGAAAAAUGUAUAUGAUGAAAAAUGAUGGAUGACUUUUUGAGAUUAUAGCACGGACGUAAAUUGUUCUCUUCAUUUUCCGCAAAUUCUAGGAUGCGUCCUCAUAAAUGGAAGUAUUGUCUUGUGGUGAUUUUCCUUCAGUGGCGGGAGCUAUAAAUCCGGAAUGAUGAUCAUUGAUAUGACACUGUAGUGUAGCAGAGUCAUUCCAUCUCGUUUCUAGACUCUAAAGCCAACCUAGAAUCCAGGAAAUACUACCUUUUACUUGAAAACUGAGUAAAACACACCUCUUCCUAAUAUUUCUGCCCUUUACCUCUUGAAGUGCUUUUCAUACAGAGUGCUACCUUUCAGUCGAAAUUCUGUCAGAAGGUUGCUAAGAGAUUUGAUGAAACACAGUAUGCACAAUAACAAAACUAUUUUUCCCUGCCUUGUGUGUUGCUUUAGCACACUUAGAGCACCUGCCCGAAUUAUCUCACUGCAUUGUAACCCACUGUGGGAGGCUGCGUGCCGUAAUUUACACUUUCUAGAUGGAAACCAACGAUGUGGGGAGAUGGAGUCACUUCCCAAGGUCACUUCCCCAAGACCAGUGAAUGCUAGAUGCUGGCUGCAUAUUCAGGUCCUGAGGCUCCAAGACUUACUACAAAAAAAAAUUUUUUCAGCAAAGCAAAUCUGCAAACAGAACGCAACCCACUGCCUGUCGUUGUACCACUUGCCAGCUACGAAUGGUUUCCACAUUUUUCAAUGGCUGGGGGGGAAGUAAACAAAAGAAGAAUAUUUUGUGAUAUGUGAAAAUCAUGAAAUUCAAAUUUCGGUGUCCAUAAAUAAAGGUUUAUUGGCUCCCA